AUGGACGCUCAGGAAAGUCUCAUCCAGCGACUCCGCAGCCCGAACUCGACACAAGACACCCUCGUCGAAAUCAUCAGCCGGUAUUUGACUCCCGAUGAAGCAGUUCCGAUAAUUCAACAGUUUUUGUCCGACGACUGGCUCACUAAUGGACAAGUGCUGUGGAGCGGCGUGCCACGCAAUGUUGCACAACAAUGGGCCGAAGACCACCAGAUGCAAACCCUGACCACUGCAAUGGGGCCUUUAAUGAGGAAAGAAUGCACUCAAUGCCGCAGGAAGGAGAUUUCCGCCCAAAAAUGGAGUAAAUACAUUCAUGGGGCUUCAGCAGUCUUCGCGUGGCGCAUAGCUCAGGACCAAACAGUCACGCUUUUGUCCCCUCCACCACCAGGAAGAUUUCACCCAACAGGCUUGUCGUUUUUUCAAGUGAUUGAAGAACCAAUAAUCAAAACGCGGUCUGGGCAAAAUGCGCUAUGCCGCAUAAUGAUGGUGCAUCCAACAGUAAAAGGAGCUGCAGACUUCCCUUACGAAAUAUGGCCGAACGAUGAAAGCUUCUUAUGGAUUGAGCGAUUCGGUAUGCAGCCAGGCCCGAGAAAAUGGAGACAAACAAAGCAAACCGAUGGAAUACCGCAUUCUCAGAGUGCUGAGGCGACAUCAAUUCAGCCUAGCGGGCUGGCUGCCGAGUCAAGGCUAUUGGAAGACAGACAAUUGAUCUUCGUUGAUCUAUUUGCCCCAAUAUUCAAAGCUCUCAUUAUAUUAUGCGCCCUGAAAGUUAUUCCGGUAUUGACUUUAGGAAUCUUGAUCUGCCGUCUCUUAAGUGUUGUGCACUUGGACCUGCAGGUCCCAUAUGAGGGACCAUCUUGCACGGUCAAUUUGCAGUUUCAACAAAAACUGUCGAUUUGGAGCUGUGAGCUGAAAUUUCUUGGUUAUAUUCUCUUAGACAUUGUGGAUGCUGAAGACCAAUCACCGUGCUGGAAUCAGGCCGCGGACCUGGCCACAGUAGUGGAUGCGCUCAGGCAUGCUUGUUCCAGGUCUGAUGGAAUCCUCCGCAAGGCAUUAAGCAAGAGGGGGUUGACUUAUUUUGCCGAAUCGCUCAAGAAAUUGAGGCAGAUCCACAACGCUACAGGCCAUUAUCGCUACUACGACGAACUGCAAAUGAUGGCACUCCGAGAAAUCAAAAAGGAACUCAGCAGCCAACUCCAAUCAGUCAUCUGGAUAUUGGCUCCGAAAGUCGAUAAACAUCAGACAUCUCGGAUAGAGAAAAUUUUUGUCGAUGGUGAGCCUUUGCUACGCCAGCGUCAACGAAUCAUCUAUGAAUUGGCCAGUGAGAGAUGUCACACGGGAUGA